AUCUCACGACGUAGUGACCGUUGACUACAUCUGUUCCUCUUCUUAGAUUACCUCGGUCCUCGGCACACUGGGCUACGCCAUUCAUUCCUCAAGCGCAACCUCCGACCUCGACAGCAGCUAAGGUUAUGAUUGGUUAAAUUUCUUUUAUCGCCUAGCAGGAAGUUAAUAUUCAGAGACACAAAUGAGCAGUUGAUUAGUGAAAACAAUUAGGUGUUUUCGAAACAAUGGGGACCCAAAACUCUUCUGUCAUUGUCUCUAAAAAGCCUCCUCCUGCUCCUAAGUCUAUAAUAAACCAGAGGUUUGGUGCUAAAGCUACGUACAAAGUAGAGGAAGUCCAAGAUUGCAGUCAAAAUGGAAGCGCAGGUUUAGGCAUUUUGCAGAAAGUUCCUUCUCUCUACCGCUGCACUCUGGAGCUUCCCGAAUUUUCUGUUCUCUCUGACAUCUGUAAACGGAAGAAGGAUGCCGAACAAUCUGCUGCAGAGAAAGCCAUUGAAAAGCUCGGCAUCCACCCAAAAGAAGACAAUAUCACCCCGGAGAAGGCAUGGGAUCAAUUGGUCAGUUGGCUGUCAGUUUUGUUCUCAAAUGAGUUUCUUUCUUCAGAGCAUCCUGUUAGCUGUCAUUUAAGAGCUGCACUACAUAGAAAGGGUGAUUUUCAUGGUUUUCUUCCAGUAUCUGCAAUUGCUGCCUAUGAUGCAAAGGUUUGUAGUUUGUGCAAAUGCAUACAACCGGAGGCUGCCUCAAGUCUUUUGUUGGCAAUAGAACAAAUUAUUAGGGCAGCUGAAAAGUUAUCUGGCUCUUUGAUCUUGUCUGAAGACCACCUUUCACUUAAGAGGUUGAAUGCAUAUUCUCCUGAGAUUGUGCAGCCUUUAUCAAAAUCGGAAGCUAGUAUGGUUGAAAGCAUUCCAGUUCAGGUGAUACGUGUUCCAUCUUCAGUUAAGAAGGAUGUAGAGCCUUUGACCCUUAAUGUAUCUUUCAAUGGCUAUUACCUGGAUGUUAUUGCAUAUGAACUAGGAUUAAGAGAUGCUUCUAAGCUUCUGAUUUCUAGGCCUAUUGGUAGAGCUUCAUCAGAGACAAGAUUAUAUUACUCUGUUUCCAAUGCUAUCACACUUUGCCAAUCCUCUGAGUGUCAUUCCAAUCAAACUGGUGUUUGUGAAAAUGAAUUUAAUGUCAGGGCAAGUUACUUAUCUGGUCAAGAAAUAUGUGGUGAUGUGAUUUUGGCCUCUCUGGGGUACACAUGGAGGUCUAUUGAUCUCUGUCAUGAAGCUGUGUCCUUACGUACAUACUAUAGGUUGCUUGCCAAAAAGAUACCUCGGGGAAUUUACAAGUUAUCAAGGGAAGCAUUAGUUGCAGCAGAAUUGCCUACAAUGUUCACAACACGAAGCAAUUGGAAAGGUUCCUUUCCAAAAGAAAUCCUUUCUGUAUUCUGCCGCCAGCAUCGACUAUCUGAACCUGUCUUUCUAUGCAAUUCUCUAGAAUCACAACCUGUCUUACAGGGAUCAACUGGGUUGGGUGGGGCGAAAAGAAAUGGAAGUGAUCUUGAUGGAGCAUCAACAGGACAAAUUUUAUCAUACAAGUGUGUGCUCAAGAUUUUAUCGAAGCAUCAGGAUUUGAUUAUACAGUGCUCACCAAAGGAGUCUUUUAAGAAAGAGGCUGAUGCAAUAGAGACUUCUGCCUUGAAAGUCCUUUCAUGGUUGACUUUAUUUUUUGAUACACUUGAUAUGUCUGCAGAAGCUGUUACCUCUGCCUCCAAAGAUCUUGAUAUCCUUAUUUACCCUGAACAGUUUCUAAAAGAGUUUAGGAUAUGCCUAUCUACGCAUCACCAGUUCCAGAGCAUUGGAGCAACUUCUCAUAGUUUCUUGGCUUGUGAGUAUAUGCAUCAACAGAAUAACAAACUGGGAGAUAAUGUAUGUUUUUCCAAGAUAGACGAUCAGGACUCUGGAGUUACUCCAUCUACUGGUUGUAUAGUUUGUUUGAGUUAUAACAUAGCUUUGGUUGUGGUCGUGGAAGGAAAAAGCAUUAAGGAACUUAUUGAGAGUAGCGAAGAGUUUGAUUUCGAGGUUGGAUGUGGUGCUGUUUUCCCUCUUCUAGAGACAGUUGUUCUGCAGAUGUCUAUUGGUCAGUCUGCAUCGAUUAAAAUGGAGUUACCUCCCGAAGAGUACAUUCUAGGUGCAGCUGUUAAUUCUGCAACCAUUGUUACAUUAUUGUCAACAGGAAGUUGCUUUCUGGAGUGUCACAUAACUUUGCUGCGGGUGACAGUACCCCUAGAGGACAGAAUGGAGCAGGCUUUAUUUAAACCUCCUCUUUCAAAACAACGUGUUGAAUAUGCAUUGCAACACAUUCGACAUUCAUGUGCUACUUCUUUGGUUGAUUUUGGUUGUGGUUCUGGAAGUUUAUUGGAUUCAUUGUUAGGUUAUACAUCUUCUUUGGAAAGGAUUGUUGGCGUUGAUCUUUCCCGUAAAGGUCUUGCUCGUGCAGCAAAGGUGAUCCAUCAAAAGCUUAGUGCAAAUAUUGAUACUAAACUAUCAUCUAACAAAGUCAAAUAUGCUGCUCUGUUUUAUGGCUCAAUAACAAACUUUGAUUCUCGCUUGCGUGGAUUUGAUAUUGCAACUUGUUUGGAGGUUAUUGAGCACAUGGAAGAAGAUGAGGCUUGUAUAUUUGGGGAUGUUGUGCUAGACUCUUUUCGUCCAAGCAUUCUUAUAGUCUCAACCCCAAAUUACGAAUACAAUCCGAUUCUCCAGAGGUCUGCACUGCGAAGCGAGGAUGAAGAGGACCGGGAAACGUGUAAAUUCCGGAACCACGACCACAAGUUUGAGUGGACGAGAGAGCAAUUCUGUCACUGGGCAACUGAUCUGGCUAAAAGGCAUAAAUAUGGUGUUGAAUUCAGUGGAGUUGGAGGGGAGGCCGAUAAAGAACCAGGGUUUGCCUCCCAAAUAGCUGUCUUUACAAAGAAAGAUGAUACUACUAUUUUGAAAACAGAAGAUGUUGCUGAAGAUUAUGAAGUCGUGUGGGAAUGGAAUGGAAUAGAUGACACUAAUUUAGGUUCUGCAGUCUGAUGCUUUUGGACAUUACCUCCCAUCCCAUCAUCAUUCUUCAAUUCUGGUUAUCAUUUUGAUACCUUUUGUAGGGACCAUAUGUUGUAUGACUAAUUUACUAAUCUGACAUUUAAAACUGCGUACUCACCAUUAUACCCUCCCUCCCAAAACAAAAUUUAAUUUUUUUUCUUUUUUUGGUUGUCCUAAAAUAUUGCGAGUUUGUGACGGACGGCCUCUUUGUUCCUCGCACUAAGCUAAAUUGAAACACUUAACCGACCACAACGUUUAUUAUUCACCAGCGUGGAAUGAAUUGCUCACUAAUUU